AGAAUGAGUCACAUGCUCAGUUACUGACAUCACGUACCUACCAACUUCCAACUGCAAAUAUUCACAAAUUUGGGUUAGAAUAGAGAUUUGAGAUUUUUCAUAACAAUCAAAUCAAUCUCUACAAAUAGAAAUAGAAAUAGUUUUUGAAUUGUGAAUUUUGAUGCAAUGUCUUCCAUUAAUCCUACUCCAACUUACAACUCUCUCCCUUCAACCUCAACUUCUCCACGCGCCACCACACCUUCCAACUACCCCACGCGCCGCCCAUGGCAAAACUUCUUCUCUCCCCAAUCCUUCACUCUCCCCCACUCCCUCUUCGAAACCACUCUCCGUAUAAAACGCAACCUCAACCACUUCCGCAUCAACUACGCCAUCAUCAUCCUCUUCAUCCUCUUCCUCAGCCUCCUCUACCACCCUCUCUCCCUCAUCGUCUUCCUCGUCGUCUUCGCCGUUUGGUUCUUGCUUUUCUUCUUCCGUGACCGCCCCGUCGUCCUCUUCCGUUUCACCAUUGAUGACCGCUUCCUCCUCGUCCUACUCUCCACCCUCACCAUCGUCGCUCUUGUCUUCACCGGCGUUUGGCUUAACGUCCUUGUGUCAGUGCUCGUCGGUUCUGCGGUGGUUGUUUUGCAUGCGGCGUUUCGGAGUAUUGAUGAUUUGUAUUUAGAUGAAGAAGAGAUCUUUGAUGGUGAUUUGCUUUCAGUUGUUGGUGGUAGCUUCAAUUCCAAGCGAACAGGGUACACUAGAAUAUAGUGCAGACUCAGACACGUCGACACUGAUAAUAUAGUUAGUUACAUUCUUUUUGUUUUUGUUUAUCUCUUUCAAUUGCAGUUUUCAUAUAAUAAUAAUAAUAAUAGUGUUACUAUGCUGUUAGUUUGUAAAUUCUUGAUUAGAUUCAAUGAGAAGCAUUCAUUUUGUAUA